AUGUUGCAGAUACUAAAGGAAAAGAAACUCUAUACGAAACUGUAUAAAUGUGAAUUCUGGAAGAAGGAGGUGAAGUUUCUGGGUUAUGUGGUGAGUAAGCAAGGGAUAGCAGUAGACCUAUCUAAGGUAGAGGUGGUAACGAAUUGGUGGCGACCAACCUCAGUUAUUGAGAUAAGGAGUUUUCUGGGAUUAGCUGGCUACUACCGAAGAUUCAUCAAGGGCUUUUUGCAAAUAGCUUUCUCAUUGACAAGGUUAACUCAGAAAGACACGCCAUUUGUUUGGACUCUUGAGUGUGAGGAGAGCUUUCAGGCGUUGAAACAAAAGUUGACCACUGCACCUGUAUUGGUGAUACCUGUGCCAAACGAGUCAUUCGAGGUGUACUGCGAUGCCUCACUGAAGGGUCUAGGGUGCUUUCUGAUGCAGCACCGUAAUGUGGUGGCAUAUGCCUCACUCAAGCGGAUCAAUAAGAUUGUGCAGUGUAGAAUUGUAAAUGGCAUAAAUGUAAAUGACUAG